AAAUUGGGAUGGAGACCUCAGUACACUCCGCUGGCAUUGCCGAGGUUCACAAUGUGCCCAUGGAGGUGAUCAAGCGACCCAUUCCCUCGGUUCUCGAUGAGCUGAAAGUGCAAUCACUCAUGGACACCAUCAAGGCGGAGACGGGAGAGAAGAAUGUGCCACCGGUUGACAUCUUGUGGAUAACGGGCAGCAACGGCGGCAACUAUUAUUUCAGCUUCGGAGGCUGCCAUCGCUUUGAGGCCUACAAACGCUUGAACAGACCAACCAUAAAAGCGAAACUAGUCCGCUCCACUUUGGGCGAUCUUUAUCAUUACAUGGGCUCUAGUGCACCCACUUAUUUGGCUUAAGUAUCUGUUUUUUUUGUGUCUUAGUUUUUGCAAUUGUUAUCACUUUUUUAUAAAUACAAAUUUACAUACUAACAUGUA